AUGACGCUGCCAAAACGGCCGACAUGCGGCAAAGAGUGGUUGGCUGGGGUAGUAACCUCCAGCAGUGAUGUGGUUUUACGAGGUGGGCCAAGCGACCCGUCUGCCGAUCAUGUCGUGUUACGGGCGUGCAUGCUUGUCAUGCUGGACCUAUUGCCACAUGGGGUAUCGAGCUGGAGGCUGGACCGACGGCAGCUUCGUGAUGUCAGCCCGAGCUGCUGUCUCGCCCGCCGUGACGACAAGAGCACACAACGCAACGAGUCCGGGAGACUGCGCAAAACGAGAAAAUUAUAUAAGGCGGCCCUGUGUCUGUCCCAAAUUCCAGCUAUCCUCUUGCAAUUCACUCCUCAGCAUCCAUCUACUCACUCGAGUCUCAUCCCAUCCAAGCCCAUCCAUCCACUUACACAACCUACUUGCACACUUUCCACCACCGCCAAUAUGCAACUCACCCAGACCAUCGUGGCCGCCCUCUUCGCCGCCUCCUCCGUGGCUGCGGCUCCCGCCCCGACCGAAAAGUCCAUGCUGGUCCAGGGCAUCCCCGAGUGGACCAUCGAGGGCGCCCACCGCUGGUGCAACAAGGACAACACCGAGUGCCACUGGAAGUUCGCCAUCAACCCCAAGAUCUACUCCAAGACGGCCGUCGACUUUGUCGUCAGGAACGCCGGAAGCACCCCCGCCGCCCAGAGCAACGGCGGCGCCCAGAACUUUGGCGACUACACCAUCACCUCUGGCUGGAGCGGCCAGUUCGGCCCGGGCAACGGCUUCACCACCUUUGCCGUUGUCGACAACAAGCACCGCAUCAUUGCCUACCCCGCCUACAGCGAUAAGGAGGUCGAGAACGGCCAGGUUGUCUCUCCCGACAAGAGCUACCCGGCUCAGGGACUUCCAUAG